UUUUGUUCUGUUUGUUUGUGAUUGAUUGAUUGAUUGAUUUUAAUGUCUGACAUUGUCAAUUUCGGAUCGAUCGUUUUAUUAAUAUAGUAACCAAGAAAACAAACGGUAAAAAAGAAAGAAACAAAGUUUGCUAAUAUCGAUCUCCUACAACGGUACAAAAGACGAAUUUUUAUUUCUUUCUUUAUUCCUCAUACACCACCUAUCAAAUAAACCAAAUCUGAAUAGACGAAAAAAGAAAACAAAAUUCACAUCAAAAACGGCCGGUUCUAAAGAUGAAGGUUCAAGUUGCGGCGGUGGCAGCAGUGGUGGUGGUUCACAUAAACAUUCACAUCCUCAUAGUCAUCAGCAUCACAGUCAUCAUCAUCAUCAUCAUGGACACCAUGGAUGCCAUGCAUGUCGUCAUCAUUCGAAAACCAAAUCAAGACAAAAACAACAUCAACAUCAUCGCCAUUGUAAGUGUAAAGAUAAAGAAACGAUAAUGAAAUCAAAUAUAACGGCGCAACAACAACAACCGAGACGAAAACGUACAAAACCUUGUUUUGUUGAUCUGCCGCCAUCACCCCCACCACCGACAACAACAAAAUCACUGCCAUCUCCAUCACCAUCUCCACAAAAUUUAAUUCAUAAUGAUAAUAAUGAUAACACUGAUAAUAAUCCUGUAAUCAAACCAAUCACUGAUUGUCAAGCUGGUCCCACUAUUUUGAUUGCACCAGAAGACUAUAUUCAUAUUUAUAAAGGCAAAACAACAGAAGAUUUGAAUGAAAUACCAAAAGACGUCGGAAGGAUUGAGUCAGAAAUCAAUAACAAUACCAUAAAUGAUAAUAAUAAUAAAACAAAUCAACAACUACAACAACAACAACAACAACAACAAGCCAUUGAUAAUACACCUACCGUAAUGAUUGCACCAAAAGAUUAUAUUCACAUUUAUAAACAACCAAAAUCAAAUCAAAAUCAAUAA